AGCAGUUUGUAAACCUCAAUUGUCUAUUUCGAGCUCUUGGUGAUCAAUUAGAGGGACAUUCACGAAAUCAUCUUAAGCACAGACAGGAGACUGUUGACUAUAUGAUCAAACAGCGGGAUGAUUUUGAGCCCUUUGUGGAGGAUGAUAUUCCCUUUGAGAAACAUGUUUCCAGUUUGGCAAAACCUGGUACUUUCGCUGGAAAUGAUGCAAUUGUAGCCUUUGCAAGAAAUCAUCAAAUGAAUGUUGUUAUUCAUCAGCUUAAUGCCCCUUUGUGGCAGAUUCGUGGUACAGACAAAGCUAACGUUAGGGAGCUACACAUUGCAUAUAGGUAUGGUGAGCACUACGACAGUGUUCGGAGAAUCAAUGAUAACUCAGAGGCUCCUGCGCAUCUUCAGACAGAGUUUCAGAUGCUUAAUAAAGAUGAAUCAAAUAAGAGAGAGAAGAUUAAGCCAAAGGAGGAGGACUUUGAAGAAGACUUGAAAGAUGAAGUAGAUGAUGCUGUACAGAAAGUUUGUAAUGCAACUGGAUGUUCAGAUGUUAAUUUAAUAGUCCAGAACCUGGAAGCUGAGAAUUACAAUAUUGAAUCUGCAAUACUUGCAAUGAACCAGGGAAAAAGAAAUUCGCAAUACCUUUCUUUGGAUGAGGCAGAGGAGAAACUAGAGAUCCAUGGCAGAACUCAGAAACAGCGUGGCUCCUUAUGGGAGGAAGGCGGCAGUGGAAACAGAAUCUUUGGAAGUCAGGGCUUAAGUGAAAAUGGAAAUGAAAACAAUAAAACACAAACUAGUCCUGUUGGAGAAAACAAAACAAGUAAAAGCCAGCCUUCCAAGGUAACAAAUAAACAAAAGAGAGAGCAGCAGCGCCUAGAAAAGAAGAAGCGCCAGGAGGAACGACAUCGUCAGAAAGCACUGGAGAAUAGGAGCAACAACACUGAUAACAAUCGAAGCGAGGCAGACGUUAGUGCACAGGUCACCUUGGUGAAGACCUUUGCUGCCCUCAACAUCUGAUUCGUCUUGGUGUCUUUUAAAACAAGAUGAUGGAAAUGGAUUGCUGAAUAGGAAAUAGACUAAGCUUUCUGAUAAGGCCAUCAUUUAAAAAAAAAAAGAAAGGAAAAAGCUAACAAAACAUAUACCAAAACAUUAGUUUGUUGCUAGCUCUUUUUAAUUUAGCAUUUCAUCAGUGAUGUGUUCUUUUUUAUUGUUGUUUUGACCACACAUACAGUAAAAAUCACCUUCUGUAAAACUCAAGAACUUAGGAAUGGUUAAUUAGGUCAAGUGGAACAUUUUUAAGUGUGGCUCUGCUCUCCCUGACAAUGAGUUCAAUGGUUUUGGACUCUUUCCUUAAUAUUUGGGUGAGUUUUGCUUUAUUAUUCACAAAUUAAUUCAAGUUAGUAGUUUCGAAUUCAGAAUGACAAGCCUUUCCCUUGUUUUUUACAGACAUUAAUAUACAGGGUAGUUUGCAAAUGAUCUCCAACUCAGGAACAAGCUUAGAUUUCUUUUUUUUUUCUUCUCUUCCUAAUUGCAUAGACAAAAAUUUAGGAACUAUUUUUCCAAAGCUGAAUAAUACAAGGUUAGAUGGGGCCUAGUCAGGGUGAAAAUAGAAUAAUGUAGAUUUCUCCCCAUCCUGGAUUUUAAUAUUGAGUUUCAACCUGGACCAGGUGCUCUUCAUGUCUAGUUGUACUCAAGCCAUGUGCUAGCUAAUACUUUUGACUGUUGAUGAGAAAAAAAAAAGAAAAAGCAGAAUUGUUAAUUUCUUGAUACCCAUUUCUUUGAAAUGGAAAGGUUGUCUUAUUGUUUACAAACCAUUUUUGGAAGUUUGGACAUGACUGGAGCAGGGUUUUCUUUUCUUUCAUAGUAAUGAAGGAUAUGUCAAGGAAUUCCUGACUUGAUAUCUGAGAAGAAACUUCCUUCAAAGGGGUUCUUUAUAUGUAGGACU